AUGAACAGGAUAUUAAAUGCUUUAAUACCAGACCUGACUAUAGAAUAUACUAGGAGAGAAACUGAAAUUCUGGUAUUGGAGCUGGCCAAAGAUGAUGAAAUAGCAGAUCCCAAAAAGAAAAUAUCAGACGAAUUAAAGAUCAUGGGUCAUUUGCAUGAUAUGUUAAGACAUAUUUUCAUUAAGUUACCAGAUGAGAAUAAACAUAUGAUUUCUAGUAUCAAUGUGUAUGGGUUAGUUGUUUCCAAAAUGUCUCUCAAGAUAUAUCAAAUGCAUAUUCCAUACAGACAAAUAUAUAUAUUCCAGCUCAUUUCAACCUUGGAACUCCCAUUAACAUUUUAUGAUUUCAAAUGCCUUGAACAUGCGACCAUUAAUUUAAUACAACUAAGAAAAUUACUAGAUGAAAAUUUUAACGAAAUAACAAAGGCAUACAAGGAAAAGCUUAAAAGAAGUCGAACUCCAUCUCCACUAACAAGUAGGUCAGAAGAUUGGCUGGUGGAAAUGGAAACUUCACCAACAAAAUACUUGAAAUUGUAUAAAGAGGAACAACGAAAAAAAAAAGCUAAAAAAAAAGAAACAGUUUUUUUGGCAUAA